UUGAGCGCUAAAACCUAAAACCAUGUACUAAGCUAACGUUCCAUUAUCUAGCCAAAAUCCUAAUUAUCUAAAACUCCCAAAUUAAAGAACAACUUCUCCCUGCAAAUCCGAAUCUCUCUUUCUGUCUUCGCCAUUGAUAUUCGAUCAGGUUUGUCUACAUUUUUCUAUUUAUCUGCAAAUUAUUUUCUUCUUAUUCUUUUUCUUAUUGAUCUGAAUUUCGUUUCUUCUUCUUCCUUUCAUCAUCCUAACGAGUCACGGUGGGAAAAAAACCGACUCAAUUUUGCUUCUUAUGCUGAAAUUUCCCAAAGUGUAUACGACUCAAUUUGGUGCUGAAUUUUCCGAGGUUGGAAUAUGAGAGGUUAUAAGGCUUGCCCUUCUUGUGCUGAUUCUGGUUGUGCGUAUAGUUUUGGUGGUAAAAUUGCAUACCCUGGAGCUCAAAAAUGGUUACCAAUUUAUCAUCCUUGUCGUUCUCAAGCAAACUUAUUUGAUCGGGAAGAGGAAUAUGGUCUUGCUCCGGUUCCUGUAAGCGGGACAGAAGUUUUGAAGCAACAAGAAAAAGUUAAGUAUGUUUAUGGAAAGUCAAAAAGUGUUCCUAAAAUAAGAGGGAGACAAGAAGAUGAUGAAAUUGAUGAUGAUGAUGAUGAUGAUGAUGAUGAUCUGGAUGAUGUCGAUAAGCUAGGUUCUGUGGAAAAAGAAAAGUAAACUUUUUGAAUUAGACUAUUGGGAACAUAAUCCUCUUAGACAUAAUUUAGAUGUUAUGCACAUUGAGAAGAAUGUAUGUGACAAUUUCUUAGGAACUCUUUAUAAGAAAUUAUACUUAGUCCUUCGCAAGUACUUAAUAAUAUUCUUUGCUGGCAUCCAAUGCCCCUCUCCUGGGUUUGACUGGUAUCUGUUGCACGUACAUACUCAAAUCAUAUGCAACAUCCGGUCGAGUGCAUAACAUGGCAUACAUAAUGGAUCCUACUGCAGAGUCAUAAGGAAAAUUACUCAUACGCUUGACCUUAUCAAGAGUCGAAGGACACUGAGUCUUGCCAAGUGAUAUGCCAAGUUGCAUGGGAAUGACACCUCUUUUGGAAUUUUCCAGCUUGAACCUUUCAAGAACCUAUCAAUAUAAGUCUCUU